AUGCAGGGAAAUAAGAAACAUACAGAAGGACACAGUGACUCCUCAAGUAUUGGGAGUCUGCUGGAUGACACAGAUAGAGAGGUAAGCAGCCUCACAGACCGUGCUUUCAAAAGUUUGUGCGUGGCAGAACUUGAAGACUCCUACAACGAACCAGAUCUUGCCAUUUCACCUGACUUUGCCCUCCAGUUCUCUGCUAAAUUUCACCCAGGAACAUUGAGCUACGCCAUCAAGAAAAGCAACAUCUGUAACAAGCUAACAGCAAGAAACAAUGAACAUACAAUAUCGGCUUCCACAUUCCAGCAGUUACCCAAGUGUGCUCCAGAGGAGAAUAGGAUUGCUAAGAAUAACACCUUUUCCAUGGAAAAGAAAAAUCUGAAUUUGCCAGUCUCUGGUCCAAGGAACAAUAAACAUGUUUCAAAAGUGUCCUCACUGAUUAAAACGUUUGAUAAGACUGCAGACCAAGGCUCCGGAGGUUCUGUGAUAGCCAUUAAGCAGCCCAGUAAGAACAGCUUUCAAAAAUGUAAACCAAAUCAUGGGAAUUGCUUGGAUGACAUGGACAUUUUAAGCAACCACAAGGAACUUUCUGAAUUUUCUGAGGCUAGUCAAGACAGCCACUGUCUCAGUGGCAAACAUGAGCCACAGAAAAGACCUAAUAAAAUAGACCUGAGUUAUUGUGACUCUGAUAGUUAUUAUCCUGUGCUGAUUGAGAUGUCAAAAGUAGCCAAGUCAAAUUUUUCCUGUUCAUCUAAAAAGGCUGUAAAAAACAGAAGUGUUAAAGUUAAUGAGCCAGCAAAAAAAGGUAAUUUUCUUCACAGUGAAAACAGUGCUUUUGAAGCAUGGAAUGUUCAUCACAAAAAACUGACUGAAAAAGAGGAAUUUGUUGACAUAAAAAUGGAAAAGGAAGAACUUACAUACCUGGAAGAAGCACCCUUUAUUAAAGGAUCCCAAACACAGGAUCAUAAGUUGUCAUCUGUGAAGACUACCAUUGCUAAAAAGCAGAAGAAAGAUUUUCAAGUGAAGCCAACUCCACCAGAAGCUGCUUUCAGCAUUCCUCUCCCAGCUGUAUGUGUACCUCAGGAACCCCUUGCUUCAGAAACUGAAUUUCCUGCUGCUCUUCCUCCCACACCACCUCCAAGGACCCAUGUGCACCAGGGUCCUCCUCAACCACCUCCUGUCCCGCAUGCACUUUCUUUUCCAUCCACUACCCAUCAGAGCCAUUCCCCAACACCCCCUACACCUGAAGCCCCUCCUGUGCCACCACUCCCAAUGCCAGUCCAACUUUCCCCCCCUGCCUUGUCUCAGGAAUCCAUGUCACCUCAGUCUGUCUCCUACAGGAUAGUUUCACCCUCAUCUAUGUCCCAGGCACCCAGCCCUCCUGCACAAAGAACCCUGGCCACCUCAGCCAAAGAGGAGGCCCUCAGUCCUCAACUGGGUAAUACCUGUCCUCCCUGGAGGAGACAGAGGGCUACAAAAGGGGGAGCAGAGAGGAGACAGACUUCAAAGGAGACAUUCACAGCCAGUGAUGAGACAUGGGCAUUGUCUGAAAAGGUGACUGGUGCUGAACCUGGUCUGGAUGUGACUCCUCUAGCUAAACAGGUAAAUACCCCUGGAUCAGUCAGUCCCUCUUUCAACAUCACUGAACUGCUAACACCCAUCAUACCACCAAAGCAGGAGAUGGACACUGUAGAAAGUGAGCUGAUACCAUUAACACCUCCUCCUGCUGAGAGCAUGGCACUGAGAGACCACAGUGGAAGCAUGGUUGGUGAUUACAGGUCUCGGGAUAGUUACAAAUCGAAAGCAUCGAGUCUGUUAUUUAACUUGAAGGAUGUGCGUAAACGUGUUAAAAGCAUUUAUACUCCUUCUCCCCUCUUAAGGGCCUUGGAGGAGAAAAACAGAACUAGGGAAAGUAUAAAAAAGAGCACAGAAAUUAAUACCUCACUCUUGACUUUACAGGAAAUGAGUAACAAAAAUAUUGUAGAGAAAGAUGAAUUGAGUGACAUAGCCUCCAUGUUGUCUGGCAGUGUUCAUGAGAAGGACAAUAGAACUGAUUUAACUGGACACUUUACAGACAAUUACCUGACUUUGAGUUCACCCCAGACAACAGAAGACCUUUUACUUUACCAGACUGGAGAAAACUUGCACCAAGAUAAUUCAAACUAUCAAGAUCUGGUUAAAAAUACAGGGGAUAAUGAAAACUUCCCCUUGUUCAGACAUGAAUCAAAUGAACCUGAUUUAAGAAAGCAUCAGCAGUAUCCAUCACUGAAACCAUUCAAUAGGGACAAUACAGAUACAACAGCUGGGCAGCCCAUGCAAAGUGCCAGUGUCCAGGGUGAGGAAAAUGAGAGACAGGCUGCUGUUCAGAAUGAUAUUUUUGCCUUCAAAACACUCCCAAGCCAACUCUCGCCAGCAGAGGAUGUACCUUACAGUGGCACCCAAACCAGUAUGGUGGUACCUGGCCAUGAAGCACAAGGCAAAAGAAGCACUAGUUCUUCGGAGCAAUCUUUUGUCUCCACAGUAGAGCAGCCACUUCAGGAGGAGCUGUCUCCACCAGUGCCCCUAAUGCAGAAGGCCUGCCUUCAAGAAAACCAGAGGACUAAGAGUGAAAUGGGUACAGAUAAUAAGAAAAGCCACAAAGAGAGAGGGAAAGAUGUUGAGGAAGAUGAACCACAAUAUUAUGCUUGUAUUGGUUCUGGUACUGGUGCAGCAGAGAAGAGAGGGGGAAAAGAUGCUGGAAGUGAACAGAGGAACUUGCUGACAGAGAAAGUAAGAGAGAAAAGGGAAGAAGUCAAGAGCAUGGAUUCUGCUUCUGACACCAUAAGGGACAUGUCUAUGCUUAGGUCUGAGGAACCACAACAACCACCACCAUCUUCAAGCUCAACAAAACCCAGUCUGUUUUUGAUUAAAGAUAACACAUUCAGGUCACCUCAGGUCAUAAGGGCUGUCAAGCUGCCCCUGUUUAGGUCCUUUUCCCUGGAUGAUACAGUGAGCAGCAGUUAUAAGGAAAUGGAAAGUAGAUUUAUGCCCCCAGCAGAGCGCAACAAGCAGCACCAAAAUAUGUUGCGAGCCCAAGAGGUAGGCUGGUUGGUGUCAAGGUACAGAGGGCAGCAGGAUGUGAAGGAUGGCGCAGCUGACAGAGGGAAAGAGGCCAGUGAGCCUGGAUCUACUUCAGCGACACUGGAUCCCAGUAUUUUAGAAGAUACAGAGAGUUUUUCAUCAGGAAAGCUGAUGGAAGAGGAUGAAGAGGCUUGUGCUUUGUUAAAUAAAGUUGGGAAAAUGAACGAGGAAAAUGUUUGCAGAAGGAAAGAGAAGCUCCAGACUAGGAAGGCAAGACAUAGCUUAACACAGCCAAAUUUAGGUCUGGAAAAUGACCAAUCACAAAAUAACCCCAGCUAUCCUACAGAAAAAAAGACAAAUUACUUCAACAAUCAUCAUUUAUCUAAUCGCAGGGGUGGCUCUUGUGCAAAGAAAAUAAUUACUAGGGAGACAAUUUCCCCUGUGACUGCCUCCGUAUCAGAGAACCACAGGUGUUCUCCAGUAUCCCAUGAAGCUUUAGAGGACAUCCUGCAUACAGAAGGAGAACCAAUUUUGCUAGACACUCUUGCAUGCUCUGUUGUUACAAGCCCCAGGUCAGGCAGCACGAUGCUCUCUCUUGCUGCCAGUUUGUCAUCAGACAAACCAAUAAUUUCUGGCCUUAGAGAGACAGAGGAUGCUAUAAACCCUGCCUUGCUGAAUAUGGCACUAAAAAACCAAGCUGGCACGUCUGCAGAAGAGAUGCUCGAUUCAACGCAGAGGAAUAUGCUUUCUGAUUCUGCAGGGGAAGCUGAGAGACUGGAGCCCAGGGGACUUGAGGAGAGAGCAGCAGGAAAGCCUCCUGCUGUGCCACCAAAAACAGAAAAGGCUCUGCGGCGAGCCAAAAAGCUGGCAAGCAGGAGAAAGAAAAUGCAAGAGCAGCAGAAAAAACAUCAGGCUGAGCACACAGGUGCUGUAGACAGAAAGUCUUCUCAUUCUGGACAGACACUAGCAUCUCAUCCACCCUUGGGAUAUUCUCCCCUCCAUCCUGCCCCUCACUCCACUUUUACUCCCACAGAAAUUAGUGCAGGAAGACCCAGUGGUGUAUCAGCAGUAAGCCCUUCACCCAGCUCUUCAACCCAGCGUAAAGUCCUCCAAGACCCUGACUCUGGCCAAUACUAUGUAGUUGAUUUACCAGCUGAAGUUAAUUUAAAAACAUUUUAUGAUCCAGAAACUGGCAAAUAUGUUCAAGUUUCAGUCCCUUCCUCAGAAGGGAACAUAUACCAGCCACCCUCUACAGAAAUUGUGAAUUCUCCCUAUGCCUCCUACCCUAGAGUAAUGCCUUUACCAGCUUCAUCUGUAGCAGUGCUGAAGUCACCUUCUCAGCCCUCUGAACCUGCCUGGUUAGUGCCAGCUGUACCAGGAGAACUAGCUAAACUACCUGAAGAUGGUCAUCAGGACUACAGAUACACUGAAGCUGUGGAUGCUCAGCCCUAUAUUGAACCAGCCUCUUACUCCUGCAGGCAAGACACUGAAGAAACUCAGGUUCACUUAGGAAAGGACACGAGCCCAAUCCCAAAUACUGGUAUAGUGACUCUCACUGAUUUAGAUGAUUUUGUUGCUGAAGGAGUAUCUUGA